AUGCACCGACUCGCGCUCCUGUGCGCGUGGGCAUCCCUCGCGCGCGCACUCGACACGCGCGUCGUGGUCCUCUCGAAUAACGACCUCGACCCCGCCACGCCGCGCGCGAGCGCCCUGUACCUCGAUGGCGCGCUCACGUGUGCGGAGGCGCAGACGGCGUGUGGGGAGCUGCGGGAGGCGCUGUUGGGUCGCUCUGGGAAUGGGACUUGGUUGGGGGAGGCGUCGUCGGUUCACACUGGGAAUGGGACGUGGGUGGGGGAGGCGCGGUCGAUUCACCCUGGGAAUGGGACGUGGGUGGGGGAGGCGCUGACGGCGGAGAGGCACGGGGCGGGUGUUGGGGCGGGGCAGGGGAUUUGGGUUGCGGGCGACGGGCACGGCGCGUGCAGCGUGUUUUCCCCCGGCAACGCGUCUACGGUCUCCAAACCCGACGCGCAGCGCCUCCCCGCGCUCUGCACGAACUCCGCGCCCCUCUCGCAGCGCAACACCACCGCGCAGGACACCUCGCGCCAAAUAAAUCUCACCACCAGCACCGCGGGUGUGCUGACCGGGUUCCGCGACAAGUUCGCGUGGAAGUUCCUGGGCGUCAAGUUCGCGCAGGCGCAGCGGUUCCAGGCGCCGGUGCCGCUCGUCGUGGCGAAUGAUACGAGGAGGGAGGCGCUGGGGUACGGGCCGAUGUGCGCGCAGCUGCCAGACCCGGAUAAUGGGCAUCUGCUGUACACGGAGGAAGAUUGCCUACAGCUGAACGUGUUCACUCCCGUUGUGGACCUCCGCACGGAUCGGUCCACCGCCCCGAAGCUGCCCGUCAUGGUCUUUAUCCACGGCGGCGGUCUCAACACGGGCGACAGCGGGCCCUUCCCGUACAACACGACCACCAGCGGGUUCGUGGGCGCGUCCGUCUCGAACGUAUACGACGGCACGAACCUCGUGUCGUACGGCGGCGCGGUCCUCGUGACCAUCAACUAUAGACUGACCGCGCUCGGGUGGUUCAACGCUUCGAACGCGGCGCUCAAGGACACGCUCCUCGCGCUGGAGUGGGUACAGGAGAAUGUGGAGGCAUUUGGCGGGGAUCCGGAGAGGGUUUUGUUGUUUGGGGAGUCUGCGGGUGGGAUCAUGAUCAGGUACCUCUUGGCGGCAAAUACGAAGUACACGGGUCCCGCGGCGGCGCUGAUACAUCUCGCAGGUGCCGCGAUUCUCGAGUCUGAUUUCCCCCAGCUAGAUAUCUUCACGCCGUCCGCGUACGCCCUCAACACGUCACUCACUCUCGCCAAGGCUAUCGGCUGCGCUGACAACUCUACAACGACGUUCAGCAACGCGAUCGCUGAAUGCGUGCAAACUGCACCAGCUGGAGACAUAGUCAUGGCGUCCUUUAACCUCGGCUUGAACUGGAACGUCGUCAUAGAUGGUGAUUACGUCCCCACCGACAUCGUCUCCGCCGUCACGCACGGCACCUCCAGCAAGGUCCCGACGAUCUACACGAGCAACCAGUGCGAGUACUGCUACUUCAUACCUGCCGCCAUCGCGAGCGCGCCUGCGAGCCUCUACCCGCAGCUGCUCCCCUCCUUGUUGCUCAACAGCACCCAAGUCGACGCCAUCCUGAACGCGACGGAUUUGUAUCCCUACCAGACCGCGCCGCCGUCGGGCGGCCUGUCAGGGUCGACCUUCACGCUCGCGCAGCUUGCCACGGAUUUCGCGGUCCACUGUCCGAUGGCGUACCUCUCCUCGCUGGAGAACCAAAAUAACGGCACCGGUAUCGCCCCUCGUAUAAAGUGGUGUUCACAACCGGCCUCGGUCUGCCAUGGCGACGAGCUCUACUGGGUCUUUGCUACAACCGAGAUCGACAACCUCUACCAGCCCCUGAGCGAGGACCAACUCCGGGUUACAAGGGAUGUCAUCGAUAGGUGGACAGCUUUUGCGCGGACGGGAAACCCGAAUUACGAAGGUGCAUCGCUGGAGUGGCCGACUUACGAUGGGGAUAAUGAGGUUGUGAUCGGCCUCAAUACGUCGAUCCAGGCGUAUAGGUCUGCUCAGUGCGAGUUCCUGCGGACUCGUCGGGUUUACUCUCGCAGAGGACUGAGCAGGGUUUGGACGAUAUUCCCCGUCGACGGUAGGGACCGGACUCUUUACUGCGGUGUACAGCCAGCAUUGUAUACAGCCAAUCGAGAAUGCUAUCCGUUGUCUGCGGGCCCAUCGGCAAUAUCUUGGUGA